AUGCUUCCUGCCCCCACGCCGCCGUCCUAUUCCUCGGGCCACACCGCUCUUCCCGACUCGGUCCACACUCCCUCCGUCACUGCCGCCCCUGUUCCCCGCGGUCUCGACGCCCAUGACGACACUCCAACGGCACCAUCAUCCUUCGCGCCCACCCUCUAUCACUAUGACGGCACAACCGAUCACUACGCCACCCCACAUCAUCAUCAUCCCUCCUCUUAUCUCUACUCGCCUUCCGUCCCCGCCCCUCCUGCCCUCUGGCCUCCCCACACCCAACCCCACCCCGUCCUCGACCCCCACUAUCCGUACACACAGGACCAGCACGUCCACCAGUCUUUCAACCACCCGACCUCCGAUCCUCAGAUCUACUACAGCUACUUCCCUUCUCUCCCCUCGCAGUUCAUCGACGUCGCCACGCAGUAUGGCACCGACUCUAGCUCUUUAGCCAGCUACGCUCUCCCCGCCGCCGCGACCCUUCCCACAUCCUACACCGCCCCCAACCUCGCCUUCGUCCCCGGCGUCCCAAAACUCGAAGACUUUUCCGCACAAUCUCCGCUCGCUGCCUCCACCUCCUUGCCACAAUGGCCGUUCACUUGGACGCCCCCGCACGCCGCCCCGCUCCCAUUCCAUCGCCCGGUCCUCAUCUCCCCAGGCUCUGCGUCUGGGCUCGAUCGUGCGCUCGACGAGCAACGCAUCACUCUACGUGUCGUUCCUGCACCACGUGACCCAAGCCCCGCGCCCAGUCUUGCGUCCGACGCCGCCUCGGGCUCGCCGGCGAACACGCCACAACCGUCCGUCUUAUCACCGCCCUCUUCGUCGUCGCUGUCGUCUUCGCCAACACAGGUGGUCGCGCUGGUGCUCUGCUCGCCGCCCCCGAUGGCGCACCUCCCGCUCCCGAACGAGGACAUCCAUGAAGACUUUGCAUCGCCCGCGCCUGAUGUGCCGAGCGAGUACCAGUUUGUCGCGGACCCGGCGGCGUUCCCGGGUCCGGAUCAGCCCGCCCCAGUCCCGCGGAAGCGCUCUAUACAGGUGUCGACCGCGGUGCCACACGAGCCUUCGGCCUCCUCGGCUUCGACCUCAACAUCGUCUUCCCCGCCCAUGGGCAGCAGCACGCCGUCCGCGUCCUCCGCCUCCAGCCCUGGUUCGUCAUCUCCCUCGCUCGCCACCCCCUCCAGCGCUGAGCCGCUCGCACAAACUCUGCCGCUGCCGCCAUCCUCCCGUGCACGCACAGGCUCGUCCUCGCGCAAAGUCUCGCAACCUCCAGGUACCACACGAAAGAAGCCCGCGCUCGCGUGCUUGUUCUGCCGCGAGCGCAAGAUCGCAUGUGGUCCACCUCCCCAGGGCAGCGAGGAUAUGACAUGCAGGUGCGUUUCCUUGCGCCCGCAUAUCGAGGCUGUCGUUGCUUGGGGGUGUGCUGAUGGCCGCGCGUGUCCACAGCCAAUGCAAACGCCGACAUCGCAAAUGCGAAUUUCCGAAGGAGAACCGUCGAGGUCAGCACAGGCGGCACUCGUAGUGCUCUGUUUCUUCUGCCGAUCCCCUUUUUUGAUCGUUUUUCGAAUUGCUAGUGAGAUCGUGAGGUGCUACGGAGGCGAAGAUCCGUCUUCCCUUCUUCCAUACCUCUUACUUUCCCUACUUUCGUCCUUUUUUUUCGUCUCUGUCCCUGUUUUCUCCCCUCCGCCAAGUUAUUAUGCUUACUGUUUACUGUCACACCCCACACGCUCUCGUGUACCCGCUUCCUGUCCUCCUCUAUCUUCGCUGCCUUCCCUUUGGCUCUCGUCUCCCAUAUCUCCACAUGCGCCAUGCUUCCCCGUAGUCUCCUUCUUCCACCUCAAAGACGACAAACAGGAUAAACGCGUCUACCGCCGCAUCGACCGCGGCUGA